CGGUUUCUUCAGCCUUUUGUUUUUCUGUGCUACCAGCCUUUUCACAAUGACUUUCGACAUUUCCAAAGCGCGGUCGCGCUUCCCGGCUCUUCAGCAAGACCAAGUUUUUCUUGAUAACGCAGGGGGCAGUCAGGCGCUGGACCAAGUGAUUGAUUCCAUAUCACAGUAUCUCAGCAAGACCAAUGUGCAGCUUGGUGCUUCAUACCACACCGGCACACAGUCCAACACGAAGUAUGAGGAAGGCUACCAGGCUGCUGCAAAUUACAUCAAUGCCGGCCGCGAUGAAAUAGUCCUCGGCUCAUCUACCACUCAAUUGUUUGUCAAUCUUGGCUCUACGCUACAGUUUCCUGCUGGAUCGGAAAUCAUUCUAUCAAAGAUGGAGCAUGAGACCAAUGUAAAGGCGUGGCUUUUCAUGGCCGAACGUCUUGGGCUUACUGUGAAGUGGUGGGCGUCUAGCAAGGAAGAUGGACUCAAGCUCACAGCAGAGAACUUGAAGCCACUCCUGAGCGACAAGGUGAAGUUUGUUGCUUGCACCCAUGUAAGCAAUAUUUUGGGUACGAUACAUGAUGUCAAGUCGAUUGCAGAUGCGGUACAUGAGGUCGGUGCUUUGUUCUGCGUGGAUGGCGUAAGUUAUGCGCCGCACCGCGCGGUUGACGUGAAGGCUUUUGGGGUAGACUUUUAUGCGUUCAGCUGGUACAAGGUCUACGGCCCUCACAUCGCCGUACUUUACGCUAGCGAGUCGGGACAAAAGGCCAUGAAACCCAUGGCACACUACUUCAAUCCCACCAAGACGCUUGAGGAUAAGAUUGGGUUUGCUGGGUCAAACUACGAAUGUGUUCAGUCCAUUCCACAAAUCACGUCGUACCUUUCUGGCGCCUUCCCUGCCAUUACAGAACACGAGGGAAAACUGCAAACCAUCCUCCUCGACUUCCUCAAUUCGCGCCCUGAUAUCACGGUUCUGGGCUCAACAUCAACGGACAGUGAAAUCAGGGUUCCAACUAUUUCGUUCGUAGUCAAAGGUAUGAACAGUAAGCAAGUUGUGGAUGAAGCCGAAAAAAUCAGCAACUACGGCUUUCGAUGGGGACACUUUUACUCGAAGAGAUUGUGCGAUGAGAUCCUCGAGAUAGACCCAGAAGGUUAUGUUACGAGAGUCAGUAUGGUACAUUAUAAUACUGAGGAAGAGAUCAAAGGGCUAGUCGAGGUGUUGAAGAAGAUUCUUCCAAAGGUUUAAGGGGGCCGUGGACCAUGGAUGUUACGCGUGUAUGUCACUCCGGUACAAGCGCAACUGAACAUCCAGCAGAUGUUGUCCUGGGAUUCCAAGCCGCGUUUCGUUUCAGCUAAUCUAAGGUGAUUUGCCGGGCUUCCAGACGAGUCUAGUUGAUAGUAUUAUAGCGAGAUAACGCCGCGGCUUUAAGCCUCUACUGCAAUUGCCGUCCGAGCCGUUUCCAGGGGUCCGAUAGAGAAUCGCAACAACGUGACGGAGUCGGAUAAUACUGAAUUCUAGAGCCUGCACCCGUCGCUUCAUGCCUUUUCUCUCUCUUUGGAGUUCGAGUCCGGAUAAAUCCUCGUACCAAUCGCCCUAACGAGCCUAAGCGUCUCAACGCUAACUAGAGAAAUAAAGUUAGAACAGAAAACGGUC